AAGAAAAAUUUUCAACGUCAGACUCGUUCUGCAUGUCAGGAAGUUCAAAGCUUAAACUUAAUAGACUGAUACGCAAAAGACUCAAGUUCUCGUACGAAAGUAUUUUUGAAGAGAAACUAACAAUAAAUUAAUAGUUCGAUAAUAACGAAACUAGCCAUAGCCGUUUGAACCCUAUUACAAUUAAUGAGAUAAGAAUAUCAUACAAAAAUAUCGAAACGAUUAUCACACAUCGACAGUCAAUAUGGCAGGAAUGUUUGAAAUACUCAGUGGUCUCGCUAUGAUUAUUCUUCUUCUCUAUUACUAUCUGACCUUGAACUUCGACUUUUGGAAGGUUCGUGGGGUGAAAGGUCCACGACCCAUUCCUUUAUUCGGUAAUACUAAAGAUGUAAUAUUUCAAAAAAAAAUUUUGGCACAAUAUUUGGAAGAACUUUGUCUUUUGCCCUGUUACAAGGAUGAGCCGUACAUCGGUAUCUUCGUUAGAAAUACACCGAUCCUUAUUCUGAAAGAUCCGAUAUUGAUAAAAGACGUCUUGAUCAAAGACUUCACCAGUUUCUCUGAACGACACACGUCCGUGACUAAAAAGGUAGAACCUUUGUCGCAACAUCUUUUCCAUCUCGAAGUAGCAAAGUGGAGACCGUUAAGAAAUAAACUCUCACCUGCGUUUACUUCCGGCAAACUAAAAGAAAUGUUCCCUUUGAUAAUGGAAUGUUCUCAUCAUUUGGAACAAUAUAUAAACAACAUGCCUGAUAAUAAUACCGUAGAGAUUUAUGAAUUAAUGGGUAAAUUUAAUACCGACGUGAUAGGUAACUGUGCAUUCGGCAUCGAAAUGAACGCGAUCGCCGACGAUAACAGUGAAUUUCGUAAAAUGGGUAAAGAAAUAUUCCACUCCAGUCUAAAAAGAGAAAUAAGAGAGGCUUUGCGUACCAGUUUUCCAAAGUUGUACAAUCAUCUCAGCUUUCUUUUCGAUUAUUCGAAUCUUACUAACUUUUUUCUGAACAUAGUUAAGGAAACGAUGGAAUAUAGAAAAAAGUAUAAUUUUAUUAGACACGAUUUUAUAAAUAUACUGAUGGAACUAAAAGAACAACCGAACAAGCUUGGCGAGGAAAUUGAACUAACGGACUCCCUUUGUGCCGCUCAAGCGUAUUUAUUUUUCGGAGCUGGUUUCGAAUCGUCUUCCUGGACUAUGAGUAAUGUUCUUUACGAAUUAGCUCAACACCACGAUAUACAAGACAAAGUUCGUAAAGAAAUUAAAGAAGAAUAUAGUAGAAAUAACGGUAGCAUAGUAUUUGAAUCGAUAAAAAGAAUGAAAUAUCUACAUGCGGUAUUCCAAGAAACAUUAAGAAAACACCCACCGGUUUGGAAUCUGUUUAGAAAAUGUACAGCAUCCUCUUACACUUUCCAAGGUACUAAACUUACUAUACCUAAAAAUCAAACAAUCUUUAUACCGAUAUUGGGGAUCCAUCACGAUCCAAAUAUUUAUCCUAAACCAGAAGUUUUCGAUCCAAAACGUUUUAAUGACGAAAGCAAUACAAUUAACGAUACGACAUAUAUACCUUUUGGCAGAGGACCUCGUAGCUGUAUGGGCGAAAGAUUUGCAGAUUAUCAAUCAAAAGUGGGACUCGCAACACUUUUACGGAAUUAUAAAAUCGAUGUGUCCGAGAAAACGGAAAUUCCAUAUGGGAUAAGACAAUCAUCAUUUUUAUUACAUCCAACAAAUGGAAUAUACUUAAAAAUCAGUAAAAUUAAUGAAGAGUAAUAGAAAUUUCUUUUUUAUAAAAUUCACUGAAAAGUUAAUUCGUUUAUUAGUUAUGUACUUUUAUAAUCUGUAAGUUAAAUCAAAUAAAAAGAGAUUGUAAUUUUAAGA